CAGUCUCUCAAGUGCUGCAAACGGAUUCGGUUGGCAAAGUAUAAAGGCCCUCAUGCAAAGUUGCGAGUGAAGUGCAAACAAUUUUAAAGCAAAACUUGCUGGUGGGAUCACCUGUUAAAGGAAGUAGAGCUUGAGCCAAAGUCUCGAGGCACAGUGCAAAUAUGAUGGACGCAGAGGAAGAUGGAAUUCCCCCACCGGGAGGAAGUAGACAGGAUGACCAAGACUGGGCAGUCAGGAGGCGGCAAUUUAUGUCACAACCGUCAACGGUGGCGUCGAGACGCCUCCAGGCCGUCUGUGUGCGCAGGGCGUGCAAAAACUACGGUCCCAAGAAGAAUCCAAAUGUGAUACUUGAUUCACUAAACAUGACAGUACCCAAGGGAGUCAUCUAUGGCCUGUUGGGUGCAUCCGGCUGUGGGAAGACGACGCUGCUCUCGUGCAUCGUUGGGCGACGACGUCUAAAUUCGGGGGAGCUUUGGGUGGUGGGUGGGCAUCCGGGAUCACGGGGCUCGGGAGUACCAGGGCCCCGAGUGGCUUAUAUGCCGCAAGAAUUGGCUCUCUAUGGGGAAUUCACCCUCCGGGAAACAUUCACGUUCUUCGGCAUGAUCAACGGGAUGACCGAGAAGGCUAUUGAUGAGCGUAUGGACUUUCUCAUUAAGCUUCUCCAGCUGCCACACCAUUCGAGCUUCGUGAAGAAUCUCAGCGGUGGUCAGCAGAGGCGUACAAGUCUCGCAGCAACAUUGCUGCAUGAUCCAGAACUUCUUAUUCUCGAUGAGCCUACAGUUGGGGUAGAUCCGGUGGUUAGACAGAAUAUUUGGGAUCAUCUGGUGGAGAUCACACGACCCGGGCAGAAGACUGUGAUCAUCACAACACAUUACAUUGAGGAGACACGACAGGCGCAUCUUAUUGGGUUGAUGCGUGGUGGGAAACUUCUUGCAGAGGAAUCUCCGGAGAAUCUUCUGCUUCAGUACAAUUGCCAAUCUCUCGAGGAUGUCUUCCUCAAACUCGCUGUAAUGCAGAACAUGGGCAAGAGGAGACGUUCGUCAAUUGCCCAGGAAGUUAUUCAGCAGGUGCCCGUGCCGUCAAUCACAAAUCCCGCUCUAGACAUCUCAGAUGAGGAUAAAUGCGAAAUCUCCGGGGAAUUUGGAGACAAUAUUUCAAUGUCAUCACGUGGACGGGAUGUCGUGACGCCAGAUCCCAUCAAUAUGCGCAUCCCAGAGGUGGUGGUAAAGCCUCAUUCGUGCUGGGAUAAUUUCAAAAUCUUCAAAAUGGAUCACAUGAAGACGCUCAUUUGGAAGAAUUUCCUGUGGAUGUGGCGCAAUGUUGGUAUAAUGGCCUUCAUCAUUGGCUUGCCAUUGCUGCAGAUUGUUCUCUUCUGCUUUGCCAUUGGCAAGGAUCCCAAGAACCUCAAGCUUGCCAUAUCAAAUAACGAAAUCAUGGACACCUCCGAUUGCCCAGUUACAAUGGGCUGCAACAAUACCCUCCUCAGCUGUCGCUACCUCAAAUAUCUCGAUGAUCGGAACUACAGAGUCAAGAUUUACGGAUCGGACUUUGAAGCUGAAGAUUCGGUGCGACGGGGCAAUGCCUGGGGUGCUCUCAGUUUCCCUCACAACUAUUCAGAAUCCCUCGUGCAACGCAUGGAAGAAGGACGCUAUGCUGAAGACAACAUCCUCGAAUUCUCCACAAUGUCCGUCACAAUGGACAUGUCAAAUAACCAAAUUGGAUUCCUAAUUUACCGGGAUAUCCAGUAUGCAUUUUUUGACUUUAUUCAGGACGUCCUGAAAUCAUGUGACAUGAAUCCUAGCUUAGGACUGGUUCCGGUUAAUUUCCACGACCCAAUCUAUGGACCCAGGAACCCGGAUUUUACUGACUUUGCCGCACCUGGAGUCAUCUUAACAAUCAUUUUCUUUUUAUCCGUGGCUCUCACAUCUGGUGCUAUGUUGAUUGAGCGCAAUGAGGGCAUGCUGGAGAGGUAUCUGGUGAGUGGUAUAACAGGUGUGGAGAUCCUCUUCUCGCACGUCUCAACGCAAUUCAUGAUAAUGGCUGGGCAGACGCUUCUGGUCCUUUUGUUCGCUUUCACCUUCUUCGGUCUUACCAUCAACGGUGAAAUGGUCCUCGUGGUCAUCCUUACGAUCCUCACGGGACUCUGUGGCAUGUGCUUUGGGUUCGUUGUCUCAUGUGCUUGUGACACUGAACGCACAGCCACUUACAUGGCGCUUGGCAGUUUCCUGCCCAUUGUGAUGCUUUGCGGUAUCAUCUGGCCAAUUGAAGGAAUGUCACCAGGGUUGAAGAUUGCCGCCUACCUUCUGCCUCUCACCAAUCCCACAGAAUCACUACGCUUGAUCCUCCAGAAGGGCUGGAGUAUGUCAAUGUUCAGUGUCUCCCUGGGCUUCAUCACCGUCCUCGCGUGGAUCGUCAUCUUCCUCACGCUUAGCAUUCUCUUGCUGAAGUUCAAGAAGGGUUGAGGAACCAUAUGGUGGUGUUCGUGACAUACCUUCAGAGAAUACAGCAAAAGAUUAGUUAGGUUUUGAUAGCGACCUAGAAUGCCUCCUGCCACGAGACCCUCAGGGAUAGCGUACCUUUGGAGAAUACAGCGAUAGGUUAGAAUAGGUAAUAUUGGCAAUACCUCGGACACUUCUUGCCACAAGCUCCUCAAUAAUGCGUACCUGCAAGUAGGGUAGCGAUUAAUCUAUAGCCCUUCCGGCGAGAUUGACCGGUUUGAUGCUGUUGAGGGCUGAUGAGGGUGGGCGUCUUCCGGAAGCUUGCUGAUUCUCCGUACGCGUUGAUGAAAUGCAGAAAAUAAAAGAAAACACUGGGGUUUCUUCUUCACUAAAGUCUUUACUUCACUCCUCACUGCUGUCUUUUUCUCUUCUAAAGUAUUUCACAAACUAAUUGAUAAUAAAUAUUGAAUAAAAAGAUAAUUAA